AUGUUCAGUUAUAGUUGCAUCUGGCUUGGCCUCGUUGCAGUUUCUACAUCUGCUCAGAACAUUCCUCAAGUAGAAGCAAUAGCAACGGCAGUAUACGCCCCAGCAUACUACAUUCCGCCUGCCUCUGUCAUCUUCAGACGGGACGAUUCAUGCCCAGCGAACACAUUUCGAUGCUCUGAGGAGCUUGGCGAGAGAUUUAGCGACAUAUGCUGCCAAAACGGCCAAACGUGUGCGGUGGACGCCGACGAUGAACCAGCUUGUUGUCCAUCUGGCGCUGUCUGCACAGGUACAGCUCCAGCCUCGGCCACUGGCGAACCAACCGCUGAAGCAUCCUACGUCCCGAACUCAUAUUUCGCCUUCCCUUAUGCUGCCACAACCUUUACAAACGAAGCUGCAUGCACCUCGGCCGUUGAUGCAUGCGAAAAAAACUACGAUCAGUGUGUUAAUUUCCUCGGAGAUGGAGGCCAAUAUGGUGUCACUAUAGUUGUACCUGGUGGCGGAGGUACAACAGUUCAGGGCGGUGGACAGGCUCUGGGAUCGUCAUCAGCAACCGCGGUCUGCUCUAGUCUAAGCUCUCGUGCUUGCAGAAACGUUUCCAGUGAUGACUGCUCGGAUUAUGGGAACGAUGCCUCAUCCUCCAACAGACUUGCCUUGUGUUUUGUGGGUUUUGGGGCCGGCAUUGCCAUACUCAACGUCCUGCUUUAG